AAAUAUUUUCUCCAGAUAUUUUUAAAUUAGCAAUAUUUGGAAGGAAUCUGUUUCUUUAGUUGGAAGUUUAUGUUAUAGGCAUAAUUUUUUUCUUCGCGGGAUAACACCAGUAGAGGUUCUACGGUGUUUUUAAUUUUGUAGUAUUUACAUGUAGAUUUUCGUUUUUUAAAUAGGCCAUUUAAUUAAUCGUUUUGUAAAUAAAUUGAUAAUUUGAUUAAAAUGUGGGCGGAUACGAUAUUAAUUGUUUUUAUUUCAAUAUGCACCGCACUUCUUGGGGAAGGAUUGACCUGGCUGAUGGUCUACAGGACGGAGAAAUAUCAAAAACUCAAAUCCGAGGUCGAACGGCAGAGCAAGAGAUUGGAGAAGCGUAAAGAAGCUCAUGGAGAUUCAUUGGAUAAGCAGCAUAAGAAGAAAAUUGAACGGGAGAAGGAAAAACUGAUGAACAAUAACAGAGAUUUGUCAUUUGUCAAAAUGAAAUCUGUCUUUGCCAUCGGUUUCGCUUUCACCGCCUUACUCAGCAUGUUCAAUAACAUAUUCGAUGGAAGGAUUGUUGCGAGAUUGCCGUUCAUACCGAUUUCAUGGAUCCAAGGACUAUCUCAUAGGAACUUGCCAGGAGAUGACUAUUCAGAAUGCUCAUUUCUAUUUUUAUACAUUCUAUGCACUAUGUCGAUCAGACAGAACAUCCAAAAAAUGUUGGGAUUUGCACCUUCGAGGACAGCGAGCAAACAGUCAGGAGGGUUGUUUAGGCCACCUCCUCAACAGUUAAGAUAGAUUCACUCAGGCCACAGAAACAACAAAUUUAAAACUUUCAAGCAAUGUGUGAUGCCUGUAUAUAUAAAAUAAUUUAUUUAAAUAAGAAGUUUUAAUAC